UUCCACACAGUUCCAUCCAACCGCUCAAAUCCUGACACGUCAUCAUUCUCCGUAGGGUAGGUCGCGUAGGAUCACGCUCUCUUCCUUUCUUUCCCUCUUCUUUUGCCACUUGUUAUGUCUCAGUCACUCUCUCUGUCUAUGCUCCUCAUCAAAUCCACCACCACCACCGAGACUGACGGUUGAGGCGGCAGCACCACCACCACCAUGGACUUGAUUCCGGGGAAGAUCCGAAAACGUGGUUGUUCAUCACCGGCGUCGUCUUCCUCCUCCAUGCUCCACAACUACAGGUUCAAGAGGGCCAUUCUCGUCGGGAAGCGGGGCGGAUCCACCACGCCCGUCCCCACGUGGAAUCUACUCAGCUCGAGAUCUCCGGCGUCGGUGCGGGAGUCACCUAAGUACCCGCCGUCGCAGGUGGGCGGCGGCGCUAAGACCAGGCAAGCUCCCGUGUCGGCGAGGAAGCUCGCGGCGACGCUGUGGGAGAUGAACGAGAUUCCUUCGCCGAGCGUCAGAGAAGUGCGUGACCACCACCACAACACGAGGGUGAAGAAGGAGCUCAGAGCUAAGGAGAGGGUCCCGAGGUCCACGCGUUCUGGUUCUUUGCCUCCCCAUUUGUCCGAUCCGUCACAUAGUCCUGUAUCCGAGAGAAUGGAUCGAUCUGGAACUGGUAGUCGCCAUAGAAGAACUUCAUCCAUUUCUCACAAGCCGAGGCUCACAGAACACCAUGUUCCCCCAUUAGACUCCCGUAGCAAUGCCAGUCUCAUGGAGGUUGAAACCAGAUCUCGAGCUCACACUCCUGCUUUAUCUACCGUUGGAGUUAAAACACGUUUGAAAGAUGUUAGCAAUGCUCUAACAACAUCCAAAGAGCUACUUAAAAUUAUCAACCGCAUGUGGGGUCAUGAAGAUCGUCCUUCCUCUAGUAUGUCCCUUAUCUCAGCAUUACAUACUGAGCUAGAGAGGGCUCGCCUACAGGUCAAUCAGCUUAUCCAGGAACAACGCUCAGAUCAGAAUGAGAUAAGUUAUUUGAUGAAGUGUUUUGCUGAAGAAAAGGCUGCUUGGAAAAGCAAGGAGCAAGAAAUCGUCGAGGCUGCAAUUGAAUCUGUUGCCGGAGAACUCGAUGUAGAAAGGAAGCUGAGGAGACGGUUUGAAAGCUUGAACAAGAAGCUUGGGAGAGAACUGGCUGAGACCAAAGCAUCCCUUCUCAAGGUGGUGAAAGAGCUUGAAAGUGAGAAGAGAGCAAGAGAAAUUAUUGAACAAGUAUGUGAUGAGUUAGCAAGAGAUGUUGAUGAGGAUAAAUCCGAGAUAGAUAAACAAAAGAGAGUGGCGACAAAAGUUUUUGAAGAUGUAGAAAAAGAAAAGGAAAUGAUUCAGUUAACUGAUAUGCUACGCGAGGAGAGAGCUCAAAAGAAACUCUCAGAGGCAAAAUAUCAGAUGGAGGAAAAGAAUGCAGCUGUUGAUAACCUCAGGAAUCAACUUGAAGCUUUUCUCGGAAGCAAACAAGUUAGAGAAAAAGGACGAAGUUCCACCCACUUGAAUGAUGAUGAAAUUGCUGCGUAUCUGGGCAGAAGCCGAUUAGCUUCCCAUCAUAAUGAAGAUAAAGAAGAUGAUGGAGGAGAGGUUGACAAUGGAGUAGAAUGUGAAGAGGAAUCUGCUGAAAGUGAUCUGCAUUCCAUAGAGUUAAAUAUGGACAACAACAACAAGAGCUAUAAAUGGGCCUCCCCUUCUGAAAGCAGGUUCGAUACAAGAAGAUAUCCAACCGGGGAAGGAGUGAAAGGUAGGAGGUCUACCUCCGGGAGAGCCGCAAGGAGAAGCACGUCGCUGCAAAGGAGUAUAUCAGAAGGAAUAGAAUGGGGUGUCCAAGCCGAGAAGCUUCAAAGUUCAGGAGAUGGAUUAGAUUGGGAAGGCUUUUAUGAACUGGAGAAGCAAACUCAAGGAAAAGGUUAUGGCGAUGAAAUGCUAGGGUACAAAUCGGUGAAAGGUCUAAGGGACCAGAUAUUGGCAGGUUCCAAGCUAGCAUCUUCCAGAGGUUAUGCCAGUCCAACUAGACAAUCUUCCCAGCCUUGGCCAUCAAGAGAACUCGCCAACACCUUCCAAGAUAGACCUGUUAUAGUGCCUGCGCCGGGGAACGGUCUAAAAUCAAGGUUAGGGGAACCAAGGGGUGAGGCUCAAAGUGUAAGGAAGUCCAAAAGAUGAAAAAAAGCUCUUAUCUAUUGACACUAUGAUUUGCUAAGGCAAUAAUACCCUUUGUAUCGCACGAUGGCUGGUAAAAGGCAGGGAGAGCAAAUAUCAUAGACCUGCGAUCCGAUAGGUAGAAGAAGCUGAAAGAAGCUUUUCUCCUUUCAAUUGUUAAUUUGUUGAUAGCCAUGAAUCAGCUUCUCUCCUUUCAAAUGUUAUUUUGUUGAUAGCCAUGAAUGUUGAAGUUGCAGCCCUUGCUGCUUAAAUUUUCAUUUGACCAUAUGCAGGUAUGGUCGUGUUCGUAGAGUUCAAUAACCAGCGAGUUUUGAUUUUUCCUUUUCUCCUGUAACAUAUGCUGAAGGUGAUUAAUGACAUUUUGUUUUCUUUACCA